GAUGAAUGGACUAGCAGUAGCAAAAGCAACAGACACCACAAGACAAUCCACGAAGAUGAUGAGAUGACAUCAAAAUGAAGUGGUUCCACCACCGGUAACAACCACUACCCUCAUGCCAUGGCCUCCUUCUUCAGAUUCUCCCUUUCCCUCGACGCCUCCGAUUCCCUUCAGUCCAACCUACAUCCCCCUUUCAAAAUCAAAACCAAGCUCAUCGAGGCCAACCUCAACUCCAAGCCUCAGCUUCGGGCUUCGAAGCCAACGCCCAAGCCAAACCGACAACACCCAAAAACAAAACCCAGUUACUUACCCAAGAACACGGAGAAGCAGAAACUCUUCUUCUCACGCGAUGCUGACGUCGAUUUCUCUCCCGAACUGAGCACGGAGCACUGCAACGCGAUCCUCAAACGCCUCGAAGCGAGCGCCGCCGCCGCCGACAAAACGCUGUCGUUCUUCGAGAGGAUGAGGGCGACGGGCAAGUUGGAGCGCAACGCCGCCGCUUACAACGUAAUGCUUCGGUUUCUCAGCAGAAGGCAAGACUGGGAAGGCGCGGAGAAGCUCAUCUACGAAAUGAAGGGUUCCGAAUUGAUAAGUUGCAACGCCUUCAACACCCUUAUCUACGCGUGCUGCAAGCAGAGCCUCGUGCAAUUGGGAACAAAGUGGUUCCGAAUGAUGUUGGAUUGCGGCGUCGUGCCCAAUGUGGCCACCAUUGGGAUGCUCAUGGGGCUCUACCGGAAGGGUUGGAACCUCGAGGAGGCGGAAUUUGCCUUUUCCCGAAUGAGAGGGUUUCGUAUUGUGUGUGAAUCCGCGUAUUCGUCCAUGAUUACCAUUUACACGCGUCUCAGGUUGUAUGAGAAGGCCGAAGGCGUGAUCGAGUUGAUGAGGAAGGACGAGGUGGUGCCCAAUUUGGAGAAUUGGUUGGUGAUGUUGAAUGCUUAUAGCCAGCAAGGGAAACUGGGUGAUGCUGAGAGAGUCUUGGAGGCAAUGCAAGAGGCAGGGUUUUCUGAUAAUAUUGUUGCUUUCAAUACUAUGAUAACUGGUUUUGGAAAGGCUAGGAGAAUGGAUGCUGCACAGAGGUUGUUUAUGAGGAUAACGAGGUGUUUGGAGGUGGAUCCGGAUGAAACUACUUAUCGAUCCAUGAUUGAGGGUUGGGGUAGAGCUGACAACUAUGAAUACGCGACAAGGUAUUAUAAGGAGCUCAAACAGAUGGGGUUCAAGCCCAGUUCAUCAAACUUGUUUACGUUGAUUAAGUUGGAAGCUAAUUACGGAGAUGACGAGGGUGCUGUUGGGAUCCUUGAUGAUAUGGUGGAUUGUGGAUGCCACUAUGCUUCUAUAAUUGGUACUCUGCUGCAUGUGUAUGAGAGGGCUGCGAAGGUUCAUAAGGUGCCGCGUUUGCUCAAAGGUUCGUUUUAUCAGCAUGUGUUAGUAAACCAAAGUUCUUGCUCCACUCUCGUCAUGGCUUAUGUGAAGCAUCGGCUGGUGGAGGAUGCCUUGAAAGUGUUGAAUGACAAGAAGUGGCAAGAUCCUAGAUAUGAGGAUAACCUGUAUCAUCUUCUGAUUUGCUCGUGCAAAGAGGCAGGUUUGCUGGAGGAUGCUGUGAAGAUAUACAGUCGAAUGCCCAAAAGUGACGACAAUCCGAACAUGCACAUUGCGUGCACCAUGAUUGACAUUUACAGUGUCAUGGGCCUCUUCAAGGAUGCCGAAGUGUUGUAUCUGAAGUUGAAGUCUUCGGGAGUUGCCUUGGAUAUGAUUGCUUUUAGCAUUGUUGUAAGGAUGUAUGUCAAAGCUGGAGCUUUGAAGGAUGCUUGUGCAGUUUUGGAUGCAAUUGACAUGCGGCCUGAUAUUGUUCCAGACAAGUUUUUGUUAUGUGAUAUGCUGCGUAUUUAUCAAAGAUGUAACAUGGCGACUAAAUUGGCUGAUUUAUACUACAAAAUCUCAAAAAGUAGAGAGGAUUGGGACCAGGAACUAUAUAAUUGUGUCCUAAACUGCUGUGCUCAGGCUCUUCCAGUAGAUGAGCUUUCCAGGCUUUUUGACGAGAUGGUACAGCAUGGAUUUGCACCUAGCACAAUUACCUUCAAUGUCAUGCUUGAUGUCUUCGGGAAAGCCAAGCUUUUCAACAAGGUUUGGAGGCUGUACUGCAUGGCUAAGAAACAAGGCCUGGUUGAUGUGAUCACUUACAAUACUAUCAUAGCUGCAUAUGGGAAAAAUAAAGACUUCAACAACAUGUCAUCAACAGUCCAGAAAAUGGAAUUCGAUGGGUUUUCAGUUUCUCUCGAAGCAUACAAUUCAAUGCUGGAUGCUUAUGGGAAAGAUGGCCAAAUGGAGACAUUUAGAUCUGUAUUGCAAAAGAUGAAGGAUUCCAAUUGUGCCUCUGACCACUACACAUACAACACUUUGAUCAAUAUCUAUGGAGAACAAGGAUGGAUUAAUGAAGUUGCUAAUGUGCUUACAGAAUUGAAAGAAUGUGGACUCAGACCUGAUUUGUGCAGCUAUAACACAUUGAUCAAGGCGUAUGGGAUUGCAGGAAUGGUUGCAGAAGCUGUAGGUUUGAUCAAGGAAAUGAGAAAAAAUGGAAUAGAACCUGACAAGAAAAGCUACACUAAUCUUAUCACUGCACUGCGACGAAAUGAUAAAUUUUUAGAAGCAGUUAAAUGGUCAUUAUGGAUGAAGCAGAUGAAAAUAUGAAUUUCAUAAAGCUAUGGCAUUAUCUAAGUGGUCUUGGACCCUCUAACCCUUGUUCUUUGAAGAAUAGUUUGACCUUAAAAUUCCUACAUGAGUAAAGCCUCUGAACUAUGGCUUCCCUUGUGCAAUAGCCGUACAAGAUAUUGACCUGCAUGAAUUGUUAAGUAUGAAAUGGAAGUAUGACGAUAUGCCAUGGAAAGUUACUGUGAUGACCCUGAAUAUUUCUCGCUAAUUGCACGAGCACAAUAUGCACUCUCGCAUAUGCAACCAAUCGGUCGAGAAGAUAAAAUGCCACUUAAAGCUCCAAUUUUGAGGCUGAUUUCAGAAAUUGCCUGCGCUAGAGUUUUCAGCUCCAAAAGCAGCCAUAUGGUUGAAUCCGGAAUUGUGAUUCACUGAAGCAUUGGUUCUAUGAUGGGAAUAUUUUCUAAAUCAUUGGCUAAUUCUAUUGUGAUCAUGCUGUCCCCUGCAGUACCAACAGCCAACAAUUCUGCAAUUGUGGAUUUCCUUUGCGCAACCAGGUCAGCUUCCUUUCUCACCAACUUUCAUAUGUAAUCCUUGAGGUAAGAGGGCCUUGUGAUGACCCUCUUGGGUUUUCCUACUGACUGCACCCGUGUCUUGUGAAUGCACCCUUGUUUCGUAUUCUUGGUCUGCUAUUGCUGUUUUCACCUCCUUCUUGCUUGUGCUUUUGCUUCAGUCUUUGUAUCAUUCUGACUUCAGAGCAUUCUAGAACAUGAUACAUUUUCAAAAUAUUAUCAGAACCUAUUUUCUUUCCUUCUCGGCCUUCUCCAUAAGCAAUGUUGGAUCAGCAUUCCCAUCUCCAAACAGGAUGAAUUGCACCCCACAAGUUCAUCCAUAUUUUGCAUUGGAAGCAAAGAAUACUUUCAGUGCAACUUAUAAUUGUUGAAUGUGAAGAAUUGCUCAGUUGAAGAAGUAUGGAGAAUCAAGAACCUUCUGUAAGUCAAAAUCACCUCUCUUUGGCAAAGGAGGGAAAGCCAAUCCUGGAUAUGUAGUCUGGAAGCCCUCAAGCAACUGUCAACAAAUCAAAGUUCCAUCAUGAGAAGGUUAAAGAAAACAGCCUAUGGUUUUUUUUUAUCCACUCUGGUGCUCUAAAAAGGUACAUUUUGGAUUACAAACGGACAAUAUGAUUUAGCAUAAGUUUACUUUCAACUUAGAUGUUGUCAGUUUAAUAUUGGCCAAUGGAUAAAUAUUUUUUUAAGAAACA